AUGGAUCAACCUGGACACCUCCUGGAAGAUAAGGCCGUAGCCGAAUCCCUUGGUGUCGAGGACGUGGACUUUGACAGUGGUAGUGAUACCAAAGUCGAGUGGGAGGAGCAAUCCAAACCCAUUACACCUAUGUGUGGGGACAUUCCCCAUCCGGCACCUAAUCCGUCCCCCGAACGUAGUGCCGCGAUUGCGCUAACAGCGCUGGGAGCAAUGUCCCCCAUAAAUACAUCCAUUAUCACUAACCCGCUUGACGAGGAGCAAUGA